AUGAAAUCAUUUGUGUGUUACGUCGGUCUCAUAGUGGCCUUGGCUCUGCAGCUGCGGGCCAUCCAGCUCAAUUCUAACAACCUCCAUCCAGUCUCAUACGUCGAACUUGGCAACCAACUUUCGAACAAAGUGGGAACGCUAUGGAAAAACAAGUUAGACUCAUUCGUAGACGUUGUGUCUACCAGAAUUGUCGACAGAUUGGAGAAUGAUAUAUCCAGCAAUGCAGGAGCCGAGAACAUGAUGGUUCUUCUCGAGAACAAUGCUGAGCUCUUCGAUACGGCAGCAUAUAAAGGCCACAACAUGGCACUCAUUGAAGACGAGUUUAUCAGAAAAUUGAAAGACAGAUUCAACGCCAGCAAAUUCGGAAAGGGUUUAAAAAAUCUGGGAUCCAAAAUUAAGACAAAACUAUCCGAUUUGUACAAGAAGCACAAGCAUAAGCUGAAGCAUUUCUUAAAAGUUAUGAUGACUGGUUUGGUCAUCCCAUUAGCGAUUAAGUUCAUUCGAAAGCACCUGAGCGUGUGGAGAAAAAAGACAUUAGAAGCAACGAAGAAUUUGGACGAGGAUUCAAGGAGCGUAGCCAACCCAGUUAUAAAUGCGCUAUACGACCAAUUUUCGCAAAAAUUGGAGGAGUACGCUUCGGAACACGAGAUGAAUAACGAUAAACAAAUGAACAUAUUGGAUCAGUUGCAGAUGGAGAAGAAGAACAUUGAGAAUAUCGAAAAGCAGGAGAAGAAACUCUUGCACCGGUAG